CCGCCCCUCCCCCCGCCCCCCGCCGCAGCUUUCGCACCCCGCACCUCGGCCUCCCCCGCCAUGUCGUCGUUCUCGGAAUCGGCGCUGGAGAAGAAGCUGUCGGAGCUGAGCAACUCUCAGCAGAGCGUGCAGACCCUGUCCCUGUGGCUCAUCCACCACCGCAAGCACGCCGGGCCCAUCGUCGCCGUCUGGCACCGCGAGCUCCGGAAAGCCAAGUCGAGCCGGAAGCUGACCUUCCUCUACCUGGCCAACGAUGUCAUCCAGAACAGCAAGCGGAAGGGGCCCGAGUUCACCCGCGAGUUCGAGUCCGUCCUCGUGGACGCCUUCUCUCACGUCGCCAGAGAGGCCGACGAAGGGUGCAAGAAGCCCCUGGAGCGGCUGCUGAGCAUCUGGCAAGAGCGCAGCGUUUACGGCGGGGAGUUCAUUCACCAGCUGAAGUUGUCGAUGGAAGACUCCGGCAGCCCCCCGCCCUCCAAAGCCGCGGACGAGAAGAAGUCCCUGAAGCGGACGUUCCAGCAGAUCCAGGAGGAGGAAGAGGACGAGGACUACCCCGGGAGCUACUCCCCCCAGGACCCCUCCGGCGGUCCCCUCCUGACGGAGGAGCUGAUCAAAGCCCUGCAGGACCUGGAGAAUGCCGCCUCCGGCGAUGCCACCGUGCGCCAGAAGAUCGCCUCGCUGCCCCAGGAGGUGCAGGACGUCUCGCUCCUGGAGAAGAUCACAGACAAGGAGGCGGCCGAGCGUCUGUCGAAGACGGUGGACGAGGCGUGCCUGCUCCUGGCGGAGUAUAACGGGCGCCUGGCGGCGGAGCUGGAAGACCGGCGCCAGCUGGCCCGCAUGCUGGUCGAGUACACGCAGAACCAGAAGGACGUCCUCGCCGACAAGGAGAAGAAGCUCGAGGAGUACAAGCAGAAGCUGGCCAGGGUCACCCAAGUGCGGAAGGAACUCAAAUCCCACAUCCAGAGCCUCCCGGACCUCUCGCUCCUCCCCAACGUCACCGGCGGCCUGGCCCCCCUGCCCUCGGCCGGCGACCUCUUCUCCACCGACUAGCCCGCCCCGCGGCCCCCGACGGUCCCCCCGGCCCCCCUCGGCGGCAGGCGGGGGGCGGUUCCGUCCCCGUCCCCCUCGGACAGACCGCCCGAGGGCCGGACCCUCCUCGUCCCGGGCUUCGAAGAUCUGCCGGGUCCACACGGACACACACGCAGACGCAGACGGACGGACGCUCGCACCCUCGCACACGCUCUCCCCAGCUCCCUCCUCCUCCCUCCGUCUCACUGUUCAGCUCCAAUUGUACAGUGCGUUGAGAAGACCGUCCCGGAGUCGCGCUGUAUCUGAGUAAAUAUAUAUAUAUAUAUAUA